AUGUCGCCGCCGCAGCCCGGUGUGUCCGCCCGCCCGCCGGUCCCCGUGCGGGGCGGCGGCGCUCCCGCUCCCGCCCGGGAAACUUUCGGGUUGCGCCGCGCUCCGGCCGGGAGGCGCUGCCCGCCUUCCCCCGGCGCUGCCCCGCGGCCGCCGGAUACACCGCCUCCAUUCACCGGAGCCCCGCGAGGGGUGUGGGGGGUGGCGUCCCGGCCCGGCGCUGUCCCCCGGCCAGGCGACACAAAGCAGCGGCUGUCACACGCGCACACACACACACACAAGCAGCAACUCGGGAGGAUGAGGAGGAGCCGCCCCCGAGCUCCCCCCGCAACUGGACGUGGCAUACAAACACCUCCUCCCGCUCCGGGCCCCCCGUGCCGGCCCCGGCAGGUACCGGCCCUCUCCUGCGCGGGGCGGCCGCGGAGCCUCGGCCGCCCAGGUGACACCCGCCUUUCCCCCGCUCCCGACGCCCCUUCCCCGCGUCGUCCCCCGCGGCUGCCACAAGUUUGCGGCGGGCCCCAGCCCCCGCCCCGGCCCCAUCCCCGUCCCGCCCGCAGCCGCGCUUACCUCCGGCCGGCCGGCGGGGAGCGGAGCGGAGCGGGCGGCGGCGGGGAGGCUCCCAGCCCAGGCGGGCUCCGCUUCUUUGUCUCCUCGGCGGCGGCGGCUGCGCCCGCUCGCUCCCCCUCCGCUUCCCUCUGCCCUUCUCCGGGCGGAUGCGGGCCGCGUCCUCCGAGAGGGGCCGGCUGGCUCCCCCCCCUUCCCCUUCCUUCUCCUCCUGCGCUGUUCGCCGGACGCGUCCAAGGCCCCGGCCCUCGGCGGCGGCAACGGCGGCGGCAGCUCCGCUCCCUGCCUACCUUCUGCCUGCUGCGCCCGGCGGCGGCGGCGGCCCCUCCUCCGCGAACCGCCCCCCCCCCGGCACAGGCACAGCCCCCGCCCCCGCCCUGCCCUUCCUGCCGCUGCCGCUGCCGGGAUCGCGCGGGAGGAGCUCCCCGGGCUCCCCCUUGCCCGCCGGGAGGGCCGCUGCACCCCCGCCCCAGCGCAGGAAGGACGGGCAGGGACAGCCUGGGUGGCUCUCUCCCCUCUGCUGCAGGACCUCUCCGGGACCGCGGGGCGGGGCAAAGGGGGGCCCUUCCCUGCAGGAGCGCCUUGACACCUCCCCCCCUUUCAGCCCCGUGA